AUGUCGAAGUUCAUUUCCAUUGCCAUCUGGGCUAUGGCAAUGCCAUGGGUAACCAUAUGCAAUGCACGCACCCUGGACAUUCCAGGUAUUUUUGGACCCAUUCAACAACUUGGCUCUCAAAGUGGCGUCGACGCAAUAACGUACUUUAAGAAAAAACCGGGAGACUUUGUUCACCCGGGAAUUUGGCACACUCACGAAGAUCUUGAGCGCAUGCGCAACGGUGUGCUAGGAAACAAGGAACCCUGGGCAUCCGCAUACAAAAUGUUCAGCGACGAUUUUUACUCUCAGGCCAACUACUCCAUUCAAGGGCCCGAGGUGUAUCUCUCUCGUGGCUUAGUUAGCAACUACACCUCAUUUACUAACGACGUUCGUGCCGCAUGGCAGAACUCUAUAAUGUGGUAUAUCACCAAGGACCAGGACCACUGGCAGCUGACUUCUGAUAUCUUGAACGCUUGGGGGUCUGAGUUGGUGGAUAUUGUGGGUAUUGACCGGUCCCUUCUGGUUGGUCUCGAAGGAGACCUUUUUGUGAAUGCUGCCGAAAUUAUGCGAUGGGAAGGUAACUGGACAGAGGCCGGCGCCGUCUGGUCUGGAGGUUCUGGCUUCAGUAACCAGUUAUAUUGGCUAUUCUCACGCCAGGCGUCAGUUAUCGGCCAAGCCAAUUAUGGAAUGGUUAGCAUUAAGUCUCUUCUGAGCUUUGCCGUUUACCUUGACGAUGUUGAUCUGUACAACUAUGCUAUCAACGCAUACAUAAACGACCGCUGUGCUGGCGUAUUCUCGCUCUACAAUCCGACUACGGGCCAAAGUUCGGAGUCGGGUCGUGACCAAGGUCACGCAACUUCCGGCAUUGGAUGGACAGCUCUUGCAGCCAAAACCGCACAGAGCCAGGGUUCAGACUUCUUUGAACUGGGAGACAGUCUUCUGCUCAAAGGAUCCGAGUACACGGCCAAAUAUAACCUAAAUUACACGGUCGAGUACGACCCUUCCUGGUAUCGUUGUGAGGCGGUGCUCGUGGAUGGGCCAUGGAAGGAUAUUUCCGAAGAAGAUCGAGGAAUAACUAACCAGCGACCCAUCUGGGACAUGAUGUAUUACGAGUAUGUUGUCAAGCGAGGUCACCAUGCCCCCUACACCACCGAGGCGUCCAAGGUGGAGGGCUUCGAGGGCCGUGUCUUCACAAACGUGGAUGACUUGCCUAGCUGGGGCUCCCUUGUGUUUGCCUAUUAG